AUGCAUCACCUUGUUGGUGAUCUGGCUCGAUGGGCAGCAGGAGAAGUUUGUCUCAGGUUGGAGGAUAAAGUGGAUGGUAGAUGUUCUCGAAAAACACGUCAUUCGUCAUACAUUCCCAGUCAGUAUGAUGGGGUUAACAAGUUUGAGGCAUUCACCGAAGCCAAGCGUUUGCGUACUUUUCUACCACUGAGGCUUUCAGAAGACUUCUGUAAUUAUGUGACUUGUAUGGUAACUCUUGAUCUACUGCCGAAAUUGGAAUACUUGCGGGUACUCUCUUUGAAUGGUUAUCAGAUAACUGAGUUGCCGAAUUCAAUUGGUAACUUGAAGCAUCUACGGUACCUUGAUCUUUCUCAUACACUAAUGAGUCUGCCUGAAUCAAUAUGCACCCUUUGUAACUUACAAACAUUAAUCUUAGAAAGUUGUUCUAGACUGAAGACACUGCCUACAAAUAUGUGGUACUUAUCAAAUCUGAGCCACCUGAACAAUUCAGAUGUGCCUUCAUUGGAAGGAAUGCCUCCACGGCUAAGUCAACUGUGCAAUUUGCGAACGUUGCCGAAUUUUGUGGUGGGCAAAGAUAGUCACUCAAGGGUAAGAGAGAUAAGACCCCUAUCUCUUCUUCGAGGGACAUUGUGCCUCUCAAGAUUGGAAAAUGUGAAUGAUGUUGGAGAUGCAAGGAGGACCAACUUAAGUUGCAAGGAAGGGAUUGAUACAUUGCAGCUGGAAUGGAACUAUAGAGCAGAGAAUGGAUUGCUCGUCCUUGACAUGUUAAAACCUCAUAAUAAGAUGAAAGAGGUGUUCAUCAAGGGUUAUGGUGGUUUGCAGUUUUCAGCAUGGAUUGCAGAUCCUUUAUUCUCUUAUAUGGUGCUUGUGAGGUUAGAAAAUUGCAAAAACUGUAGAUUCUUGCCACCGCUUGGACAAUUGCCUUCUCUCCAAACACUAUGUAUUAGAAAUAUGUCUGGAGUUGCAAAGGUUGGCCUAGAGUUCUGUGGAGAGGGUACAUUGUCUUUUCCAGCAUUGGAGACCCUUAUUUUUGAGGAUAUGAAAAACUGGAAAGACUUUCCUUGCCAAGGAUAUCAAGGACUUGGAGCUUUCCCUUCCUUGAAAAUACUUUCAGUGAAAAGAUGUCGCAAACUGGAGGGUGAGUUACCUCACGACCUUGAUUUGCUAAGAAAACUUGAGAUUCAUGAGUGUAAUGAACUGGUGGUUUCAAUUGCCAACUACAAACAGCUCUGUGAACUAAACGUUCGUGAUUGCAAAGGGGUGUCGUAUAAAAGUGAGCACCACUUUGAGUUGCUCAAAUCUAUUUAUCUUUCAGAUUUUUCAGUGCUGAGAUUUCAAACUGGAGAAUUCAUGACCGGAUUAAAAAAAGUGGGACAGUUAAUGAUAGCUAAUGGUGAUGAACUUUCAACUGAAUGGCAGAAUGAAGAGGAGGAGCAGGCCUCUUCUUCGUCUCCUUCUCUUGAGUACCUGAGCAUAUCUAACUGUCCAUGUCUUAUCUCCUUAUCAUCCAGAGGUCAAUUGCCGAAGGCACUUAAACACCUUUACAUAAGGGAUUGCGAACAACUGGAGACAAUAUCUGAGGGCUUCUGUGAUGACACUUGCCUUGAAGAAGUUCAUAUAGGGCGUUGUGAAAAUCUGAAAUCCUUACCAGAGGGCCUGUGUCUUCUUACCACUCUUCGUAGGUUAACUGUAUUUGUCUGUGCAAGUCUUAUUUCCUUCCCAAGAGGAGGAUUACCAACAAGGGCCUCCAACCUGACAUCCCUUGUUAUAUCUGACUGUCAACGAUGGAACGUCUUCCCCAAAGGCAUGAUCAACCUCAAUUCUCUCCAGGAGCCGGUGAUUGGCAGCUGUGAAGGUUUGGCUUCCAUUCUAGAGGAGGGUUUUCCCCCCAACCUAACAUCACUUAUCCUCUUGAAUCCCAGAAAUUGUAAGCCACUCAGGGACUGGGGAUUGCACUUGCACAGACUCAGUUCUCUAACAGAGUUAUGCAUUCAAGGUGUCGAUCAAGAUUUGGUGUCCUUUCCACCAGAGGAGAUGCUGCUUCCUACAUCUCUCAUUAAACUUACCAUUGGAUUCUUCCCGAAUUUGAGACGAAUAUCCAGCCAGGGCCUUCAAGUACUCACCUCUCUUGAAUCUCUUAGAAUUGAUGAUUACCCAAAGCUUGCAUCCAUUCCAGAGGAUCUGCCCUUUUCACUCACACAACUUUACAUCUUUGAUGAUUGUCCUGUGCUUAGAAAGAGAUAUAAACCAGAUGUACCAAGAUCAACAGAGCUAAAGGACAUGAGAAAUGCUCAAAGAUCAGAACUGAUCCUAGUUUCAGCUGAACAUCUCUGGUAA